UUGAAAUAUAUUGUUUGUUGAUCAAGUAGCUUUUGGCAAUAUAGGAAUGCUUAUAGUAGUAUAUAUAGGGUUUGAACUUGUUGUGAAUAUUUACUAAAAUAAAAUCAAUUUCUUUGUAUAUAAGUAAUUUUGAUUAAACGAAAAUGUCAAAGCCCCAAACUAGUAUCAACAACAAAUAUGAUCGACUCAUCGCACUUAUUGAUAUGGAUUGCUUCUACUGUCAAGUGGAGGAGCAAUUGAAUCCAGAACUCAAGGGAAAACCAAUUGCAGUUGUACAAUACAAUGCAUGGCGAGGCGGUGGUAUUAUCGCGGUAAAUUACCCGGCCAGAGCCAAAGGGGUAACUCGGCACAUGCGAGGCGAUGAAGCUAAAGAGCAAUGUGAAGAUAUUGAAUUGGUAAAGGUGCCGAACAUUCGUGAGAAAGCGGAUUUGUCAAAAUAUCGAAAUGCUGGAAAGCAAGUGGCAACCGUUUUGCAAACUUAUACACCACUGUUGACUCGUGCCAGUGUCGAUGAAGCGUAUUUGGAUCUUACAGAACAAGUACAAAAAAGACUAGUAGAUAUGAAUAAGGGUAAAUUUUCUUUGCAACCAAAUGCACUGAAAAAUACAUAUGUCGUUGGUUAUGACAGCAUUGCUGAGUAUGUACAGGACAUUUCGGAGCGAAUAAGCACAAAAGCUGAUGAAGACAAUGAAGAAUUGGCUCACGUUCCAGAGGAAGAUCGGAAGGCGUAUCGAAAAAGUGACAUAAAACUAUUGAUAGCAUCGUCGAUUGUGAGUGAAAUUCGAGCCGCUGUAAAAGAACAAACGGGCUACGAAUGCUCAGCCGGAAUUGCACACAAUAAAAUAUUGGCAAAGCUUGUGUGUGGAAUGAACAAGCCAAAUAAACAGACCAUUUUGCCAUUAAAACACAUUCCAUUCUUGUUCAAAGAUCUUCCAGUUCGAAAGGUGCAAGGUCUGGGUGGAAAAUUUGGUGAACGAAUUUGCGAAGAUCUUGGCAUUCAACACAUGGGUGAUUUGGUUCGAUUCUCAAAAGAAGAGCUUCAACGUCGCUAUGACGAACGAAAUGGACAAUGGCUAUACAAUAUUUCACGUGGCAUUGAUCUCGAAGCGGUUACACCGCGAUUAGUGUCAAAGAGUAUUGGCUGCUGCAAAAAGUUUCCGGGCAGGAAUGCAAUUACAGCGAUCACAACGUUGCAACAUUGGCUGCAUGAAUUGGCCAAAGAGAUAACCGAACGGCUCGAACAAGAUGAGAUAGAAAAUAAUCGACGUCCAAAGCAAAUGGUUGUGAGUUUCAUUCAAACUAUAAAUAAUGCAGACGUUUCAAGUUCAAGAACGGUCAAUUUGGUAGCUUUCGAUGAAGAAAGACUCGUUGGCGAUGCAAUGGAUGUGUUGAAGAGAAACACAGACAAAUUCUUCAAAUCGGCCGAUAAUUGUCACAUUUUAAACAAUCCCAUCAAAUUUCUCGGACUCAAUGUUGGAAAAUUCGAAAGUACCGAGGUGAAAAAAGGCAACACCAUACAGGAUAUGUUUCAGCGAACAAUUGAGAAUAAGAAAAAUCAAGCAGAAGUUAGUGAUAAGCUGGAGAAGAACAUAGAAACAUCGAGCACAAAUGCAGAUGUACAAGAACAUGCAAAAGAAGAAAAAGCGAAAAAGGAAGAGCCAAAGGAAUCGUUCAUUGCCGAAUAUUAUCGAAUGAAACAGGUCAAAUUGGCUGAAGAAGCAGCAAGAAAAGCCGAAGAAGAAGGUGAAGAAGAGGAGGAGGAGGAAGAAGAAGAAGAAGAUGCAACAACGUCAGAUACAAAGGGUGAGCCCGAACACAGUGACGAAGAAAAUACAUUCAACAAUGAAAUGCUCAUGGAUGAAUUGGAAGAACAUAAUCAAACGGUGCAACAAACAGAGCGUUCUUCCUCGCCAGUCCCAUCCACAUCAACUAAAGUAGAUUAUUUGCAGACCUACGCAGAAUUCUAUCGUCCACCCGAUCUACCAAAGGUCGAGUGUGAACAGUGUGGUAAAAAGGUGAUGGCACAUGAACUUCAAAUACACAACGAUGAACAUUUUGCUUUUGCAUUGACUCAAGAGCAACGCGCUGAGUUCCAAAGCCAAUUGAAACGAAAUAUCACAUCAACGACUCCAGCGGCAAAAAAGCAAAAAACUUCGAGCAAAAACAAAAUUACAACAAAAACACCAACAAAAUCAACAUCAAUUCAAAAGUUUUUUAGUCAACCGAGUCAAGCAGACACACAAACAGCAGUACCAUUGGAUAAUACAGCAGACGAAACCGUAGAAACUGAGAAGUGUACGGAAUGUGGCAAGAACAUUCCAAUCGUUGAACUAUUCGAACAUGCCGACUAUCAUGCAGCCAAAAAAUUACAAGAUGAAUUGAUGAAAGCCGAAAUGAAUGCCAAUCGAACGAACAAUAAUACAAUUCAAAAUAGUGCGACCAAAAAUGUGAACAACGGCAAAGGAAAGAAAUCGAAAAAGAAAGCCACCGCGAAUUCAACUGCCAACAAUGCACCCAAAGCAAUGAAAAAUAUCACAUCGUUUUUUCAAAAUGGAUAGCUGCCGAGAGCCUCAUAAAUUUUAAAUAUUAUUAUAUUACAGCGAUGUUUUGAUAGUGAUUCAACACAUAAUAAAAUUAAGUUUAAAAAUUACGGGUUGAGAUUAACAAUUAUUAUUAUUUUGCUGAAAUUUUACAUGCCAUUUUUAUAAGAAAUUUCGA